AUGCAAAAAGUCAUUCGGCGUACAAUCCUCGCCGAAAAGCAAGCCGCCCGCCGGCUUGCAAGGAGGCAGCGCAAAAAUGAGCUCGACGCUUUUGCCCUUCGGCAGGAUAGGAUGAAGCAAUGGGGUGCGGAAAAUCUAAGAAGGAUGAAGGAAAAUAAGGUGGUGCGAAGGGAGGAUUGGGAAUUGAAUGAGUUGGCUCCAAAGAGGGAUGUGGGCUCGCAGGCUGAGACAUAUGGAGCCAUUCAGGCUCACUUCACUGAGGUUCCGGUUGCGAGGAGGAAAGAGAUAUUGGAGAUAUUGGAUUUAUGGGGAGGGAAGAAACAUCUGAAUAUUACGGCGGGGGAUAGAGUUGUUGUGAUUUCAGGGCGGGACAAGGGAAAGAUUGGGAAGGUAGAAAAGGUUGACAUGCAGAGGGCGGAAGUUACAUGUGAUGGAUUGAAUAUGAUCGAUAUAGCAGUACCAAAAUGGAUGUUAUCAGACUCCGAGCAAGAUCGUCGUCCCACCCGCUCCGUCCCUCAAGGCAUUUCCCUGAAAAACGUCAAACUAGUAUUCCCAUACACAGAUCCUGUGACCGGCCUGACGCGCGACGUCAUUGCCAAAAAGCUCGCCCACCACAAAAUGUUUCGAGAUCGUCACGCCCAAACUGUUAAAUGGCAGCGCAUAAUCCCCGGUGCCGGUGACCGGCCUAAUAUUAUAAUUCCAUGGCCUAAAGUCGAACCCCGAGAAAAGAAAGACUAUGAUUGCGAUACCCUGCGAAUGGAAGUUGAAGAAAAGACAUUUGUACCCACCCUCAUCACGCCACCAAUGCCAGGGAGUGUGAUUGAUGAGUUGAGAAAUAAAUAUUCUAUAUUCAGGACGAGACACGAUCCCGAAUACAUCGAGAGAAAAUUGGAGGAAGAUAGACAAAACGAAGCGAAGAAGAAGACAAUUGCAUCAAUGAGGACGCCAUUGAAGGAGAUUAAUAAGAGAGAAAGAGAAUUACGAAAAGCCAAGGGCAAGGGUAAACUUACCAGAGGCAUGUUAUUGAAGAUUGGACAGGUAAUCUCAAGGAGGAGAGGAUCGAUCAUGAGACAGGUGGGUGUCAGCACGGAUGAAGAGGCUGGAGUUACAGAAGCUGGAGAAGUCGAGAACACUUCUACACCUACAUCUACACCUACAGAGCCAGUGCUAGUGGCUGCUUGA